AUGAGCACCCACCCUGGAGACCCGAGGGAGCAGCUAGGAGCCUCAGGAAGCCUGUGGCCAUCAGAGCCCAUCAUCCUGGGGCCAGAGGGAUCUGCCCGGCAGUUGGUCCUGAGGAAGAUCCAGGAGCUCUCCAUCGAGGGCCGCCAGGACCCCUUCAUGGUGGCUGACUUGGAUGUGCUGGCCAGCCGCCAUCAGACCUUCCUCCAGGCCCUGCCCCAAGUCCAGCCCUUCUAUGCAGUGAAGUGUAAUAACAGACCUGGGGUGCUGCUUGUCUUGGCUGCCUUGGGCACUGGCUUUGACUGUGCCAGUCAGGGGGAGCUGGAGCAGGUGCUGGGCUUGGGCGUGGCCCCCUCACGGAUCAUCUUCGCCAACCCCUGCAAAGCCGUCUCCCACAUCCAGUACGCAGCCCGCUGUGGGGUGCAGCUUCUGACCUUCGACAGUGAGGAGGAACUAACUAAGUUGGCCCAGCACCACCCUGGAGCUAGGUUGGUCCUUCGAAUCCAGACCCAGGACAGUGGAAGCACCUUCCCGCUGAAUGCCAAGUUUGGAGCUCAGUUGGAGGCAUGCGGACGCUUGCUCCAGGCUGCCAGAGAGCUGGGGCUGGCCGUGGUGGGGGCCUCCUUCCACGUGGGUUCUGACUGCCAGACACCCCAGAGCUACAGGCAGGCCAUCGCGGACUGCCGUCGUGUGUUUGAGAUGGGCAGCCGGGCCGGCCACCACAUGAGUCUGCUGGAUCUUGGUGGAGGCUUCCCUGGAGCUGAGGGCUCUGAAGCUAAAUUUGAGGAGAUGGCUAGAGUGAUCAAUGCUGCCCGGGCCCAGUACUUCCCGGAGGGGACUGGUGUCGAGGUCAUUGCGGAGCCCGGCCGCUUCUAUGCAGAGUCUGUGUGCACAGCUGUUGUGAACAUCAUAGCCAAGAAGGCCUCGCUGGAGCCAGGAGGCCAUAGGAAGCUGGCAUACUAUCUCAAUGAGGGCUAUUAUGGUGCUUUCCGACUCUUCCUCAGGGAGCCUGUCCCCAGGAUACCCAUUGUGGUGAAGGAGUUCCCCUCGGAGCCCCGCCUCUUCCCCUGCACCCUCUAUGGCCCCACAUGUGACGCCUUUGACAGGCUCUUCUCGAAGGAGGUGCAGCUGCCAGAGCUGGAUGUGGGUGACUGGCUGAUUUUCCCUGACAUGGGUGCCUACAAGAGCUCCAUGAGUUCCACCUUUAAUGGCUUCCCAAUCAUAACGGUCUACGAUGCCGUGGGACCCCAGCUCAGGAGCGUACUGGAGUCAGCACCUUAGGCCAGGACAUGGCCAGAACGGAGAGGUACCUGUCUCUGCUAAGGCUUUCCUGACCUGCCAGGGUUGUGUCACAGCCUAGCUCCACCGUCUGAAUGAAUCUUCCAGCAUCUUUGAACUGAAGAGAAUUCUCCCCCAGACAACCCAUGGAAGAUGUGGGCUGCAGACACCUCCCACAGACGUGGGAAAGGCUCAGCCUUCAGGAUGGUGUGCUACU